AUGGGAUUCCGUGAUUUGCAUUUGUUCAACAAGGCUAUGAUGGGGAAGCAAGGGUGGAGGCUUAUCACCCGGCCUGACAGCUUGUGUGCCAAAGUACUCAAGGGCCGUUAUUUCUAUGAUAGAAACUUCUUGAGUAGUACGCGGAAGAAGCAUGCUAGUCACACAUGGAGAUCGAUACUCGCUGGUAGAGAAGUUCUGGAAAGGGAAUUGAUCAAGCGAAUUAGUGAUGGCAGCUUGACACAUAUUUGGAAUGAUCGUUGGAUUCCAAUGCAUUUCGAUGUGCGGCCGAUUACACCUAAUGCAGGUCACGAAGUGAGCCGCGUGUCGGAGCUAAUGACAGAGGCUGGACGAUGGAAUGAAGAUCUUAUUAAGUCCAUCUUCCUACCCAUUGAUGCUCGAGCUAUUCUUCGGAUUCCUGUGCGACCACAAGAGGAGGACUGGUGGGCUUGGGAGCCGGAGAAGCAUGGUGAAUAUACAGUCAAGUCGGCUUAUAGGAAGUUGGCUGCACCCCAAACCUUCCAAGCUAGUGCUUCGGGUGAUGAAUCCUGGAAACGUAUUUGGAAGUUGCAAGUUCCACCGAAAGUGAAGGUCUUCUGGUGGAUAGUCCUCCAUGAAUUUAUCCCAACAAAGGAUGUCCUCCACCGAAGGCACAUUGAACCCUGGAGUUUUUUUGACAUCUGUGGAGCUGAUAGGGACUCUAUUGAACAUACUCUAACUGAAUGCACAGUUGCUAGAAUUUUUUGGCAGGAGAUGAGAUCUCUGUCUGGAGCCAAACUGCCGCGGCUCCACCCUCACACCUGGGCGAGCAACAUAAUGAAACCGGAGUUCUGUUCUGAGCAUGACCACAACGUCUUCUGCAUUGGGAUGUAUGCUCUGGCUGCAAAGAAACAAACUUCGGCAUGGUGCCGAUCGCCCCCCGCUGAGGAAGCUGGUAUAGUGGGACAGGGUGCAACUAGGGUAGUGCUCCGGGAUCAUACAGGAACUUACAAAGGAGGUGGAGCACGCUGGCAUCAGCAUGGACUGAACGCCUUGUCAAUGGAAGCUGAAGUGUGUAGGGAUGACGUGAUUCUGGCUGGGGAGUUAAAUGUCCGCCGAUUGCAGGUGGAAACAGACAACCAAGAAUUGUUGAAGCUUUGGGAGAUGGGAGAAAAUCAGAGAUCUUGCAUUUCACCGAUCAUCAGAGAAAUAAGAGAGCUUAGUGUUUCCUUUGUUGAUUUUUCUCUGGUGUAUGCUAAUAGAAUUUGUAAUCGUGUAGCCCAUACUCUAGCAAAGCAAGUCUCAGAUAGCAACAGGGUGGGUGAGUGGCAGUUAGCCCCAUCCUGCAUUGCCGAUCUGCUGACUGAAGAUUGUAAUCAUGCUGUUUCCUGA